AGUAGGCAGCCGUGUGUCAAGGCCGGAGAUCCUCCUGCGGCUCUGAGGGAGAACUCCGCUACCCGCUUUUAUCCCCCCCCCCCCUCCCCGGUCGCUUAGGCUGCUUGCUUUCCUCCUUCUGGUUUCCGAUCGUGGCGAGUCUCCGGCUCCCUUCCGCUACCCAAGCCACACUGAGGCCUCCUCUGUGGGCUGGACCCGCGGGAGAGGAAAGGACUGGCGGCUUAACCGGGUCGCUGCUGACCAGGAGUCCGGGACAGAGUGCCGCCGCAGCCAGGAAGACAGGCAGAGAUCGGCGGUGGGAGGAGAAAACACGAAACGUAACCAGGCCCUCUGGCUCCUCGAAGAACGCCGCUGCUGACGACAGCGGCGAGGCGAGCUUUGCAGAGGGAAGGGAGGUUUCGCUUCCAGCCGUGGCAGCCGCCUAGGUCCCUUUGCUCCUGACGAGAAGGGGAGGGGAAAACCAAUCGGUCCGCCGGUCUGCAGCCGCCUCCGCACCUGUUUCGGAGACCCCGCCCUGCGGCUGCCCAGAGGCACCCGCCCGCUCGGAGGAGGAGGGGGGGGGCGACCACGAUAACAACGGGGGAGUGGGUGCUGCCGGCGCCGAGCACCUGGCUCUGCCGCCGCCACCCCCACAACCCACGCUCCCUCGUCUCUCGCCUUCCUUAGUCGGCCGCCCCUCAGGGGACUCUGUGUGGCGGGAAGAGCGGGGGCUCUGCGUGUCGAGUAGGAACCACACGCAAGGGCCGGGUCAAGUAGCGGGUGGAGCCGGGGCUCGCUUCGGCGAAAAAGCCCCCUUCAAAGCCGUCGCUGUCUGGCACGGUGCCCGGAGCUUUCUUUCCCUUUGCCUUCCCGUUUAUAGCCAGGAGUGAAAACUCAAAACUCUGUGCCGAAAACCCCGGUUGGCCGAAGAGGAGCUGUGGCGUGGGCGGCAGGAUGAAUCCCAAUGUCACCUACGCCAGCCGCAAGCGGCGGAAACCCGUGCAGAAGAUAGUAAAACCUUCCCCUCCUGAAGGAGUGAAGUCAAAUCCAUCGAAAAGGCAUAGAGAUCGAUUGAAUGCUGAGCUGGAUCGUCUGGCUGGUCUUCUGCCAUUCCCUCAGGAUGUUAUUGCCAAAUUGGAUAAACUUUCUGUACUUAGACUGAGCGUGAGUUACCUGAGAGCCAAAAGUUUCUUUGAUGUUGCAUUGAAGUCAAGGAGCUUAGCAAAACCUGAAACAAAUAGCAUGCAGGACAGCAAUAGCACCUUGCAGACCAGAGGGAGAAUGCAUAUGCUAGAAGGUGAACUUUUGUUGCAGGCAUUAAAUGGCUUUGUGCUAGUGGUCACAUCAGAUGCCCACAUAUUUUAUGUGUCUUCUACAAUCCAGGAUUAUUUGGGUUUCCAGCAGUCUGACAUUAUACACCAGUGUGUAUUUGAAUUAAUUCACACAGAGGAUAGACCAGAAUUCCAGCGUCAGAUUCACUGGGCUCUUAAUCCUAUACAGUCCUCAGAUUCUGGACAGAUAAUGCAAGGAGAUAAUGGCUUUCAACAAAUAGCAACAUAUUACAACCCCGAUCAGCUACCCCCAGAAAAUUCAUCCUUCAUGGAGCGAAAUUUCAUUUGUAGAUUACGCUGUCUCUUGGAUAAUUCAUCUGGAUUUUUGGCUAUGAAUUUUCAAGGGCGAUUAAAGUUCCUCCAUGGUCAGAACAAGAAAGGGAAAGAUGGAACUGUUAUAUCGCCCCAACUGGCUUUGUUUGCAGUGGCUACUCCACUUCAGCCACCUUCCAUUCUUGAAAUUCGUACGAAGAAUUUUAUUUUCAGAACUAAACAUAAGCUGGACUUCACACCAAUUGGAUGUGAUGCAAAGGGAAGAAUUGUGCUGGGUUACAGUGAGGCAGAACUUUGCAUGAGAGGAACAGGAUACCAGUUUAUCCAUGCAGCCGAUAUGCUUUAUUGUGCUGAGAACCAUGUCAGAAUGAUAAAAACUGGAGAGAGUGGUAUGACAGUGUUUAGACUUCUUACCAAGGAAAACCGAUGGGCCUGGGUUCAAGCAAAUGCUCGUCUAGUUUAUAAAAAUGGAAGACCAGAUUAUAUCAUUGCCACCCAGAGACCUCUUACAGAUGAAGAGGGGGCAGAGCAUUUACGAAAGCGCAAUAUGAAGUUGCCUUUCAUGUUUGCUACAGGUGAGGCUGUAUUGUAUGAGGUAGCAUUUCCUCAGCCUGGCAUAAUGGAUUCAUCUCAGACAAAGGUUAAAAGUGGUAUUGGAAAAGGAGCUGCUGCCAAGGCUGCACUGUACAAAGAAUCUGUUGAUCCCAAUUCACUUUUGGGAGCAAUGUUGCAGCAGGAUGAAUCAGUUUAUCUUUGCCCACCUGCUUCAAAUAAAAUCUCCCUUGAGAGGGACUUUUUUGCAGAUACUAGAUGUGAAUUGAGCAGCAUGAUGGCCAGAAAUUGGCAGGAUGCUCUUUUAUCAGUAGGGAAUAAUAGCAUCCUCAAGCAAGAGCUGACUGACUGUCCUCAAGAUAGUAACUUGAUGGUUCCCGAAGAAAAUGUAGGGCUUUUUCAGGAUAUCAAAAACAAUGAAUUGUUCGGUAUCAUGAAUAUGCUCGAAACUGACUUUGAUAAUAUAGACUUUAAUUUUCCGCAGGACGAUGAGUUUUUUAAGAAUGAUUUUGCUGGUGUGGAUGACAUUAGAGAUAUUGACAUAACUGAUGAAAUCUUGACCUAUGUUCAAGAGUCUUUAAAUAAGACAGAUGUCUUAUAUUCAAGUUGUCAGCAGCAGGAUCCCAUGUUUCAGAAUUCUGCUUGUUUAAUGCAGCAGCAAAUAGAUCAACAGCAGAUACCACCAAUGAUGGAGCAGCAGCUGCCACAGCAGCUGCCACAGCAACAACUGUGCCAGAAGAUGAAGCUUAUGCAGGUAAAUGGGAUGUUCGGAAACUGGAACUCUCUCAGCAGCACAACUCUUAACCCUUCUGAAGAGCAGAUACAGCCAUUUGACUUAUCUGACAUACAAGAAAUAACUCAGGAGUUCCCUUACAAAUCUGAAGACAGUACAGCAACAUAUGCUUGUAGAGGGGAAUAUACUCCUUACAAGCAACCUACCAGCAUGAUGUCACAAUUCCCAGAUUUUACAGAGGUAGACUUUUUCACUGAAAACUUUAAUGUGUCUACUUUUUCGAGUUCUUCCGAUUUAGAUUUUCUCAACUGUUUUCAAGUCCCUGAAAGUCAGUCCUGUGAGCAGAACUCUCAGCAAGUUACAGAAACUUCGGAGUCAUACUAUGCUGGUGCUUUGUCAAUGUAUCAGUGUGUAUCUGAAACCCAGGCAAAUGGGUCAGAGCAAAUGCAGUAUGAUCCUGUAUUAUUGGAACAACAGCCAUCAAACAAGUUUCAGAAUAUGUUUGCUGACGAAAGCUUGCAGGAUAAUUAUCUACAGCAAUUAGAUGCUGUCAGCACUCAACCUGGGACACAUCUUCAAUCACUUCAUCGUUCAACAGAAUCCAGAUCAUUCUCAGAUUUAGCAUCUAAUGGUUUUGUGUAGUUCAGCAACAAAGUCUUGCAGAGAGUUUGAUCAAGACUCUAAAAUCAGAAAAUGAAAAUCAGAUGUUGCACUUAAUAUGCAUGCAUAUAGAAUAUGUCAUUCAAAACUUGAUAUUUAUAUGUGGAAGUUAGGCUAUUCCUAUAGCCUAAAAGUGUGCACAUGUCAGUGAGAGUAUGCACCAUUGUAAUAUAAUCGCUGCAUCACAUUUAGAGCAUAAGAUAAGGCAAAUGGUUUUAUGGUUUUAAAAAUAAAAUGGAUACUCUGACAAUCUUAUUUGAAAUAGCAUAAAAAUUUCAUACGUUACUUCAAGCUUUUUUGAACCUGGUGUUCUAAUCAGAAGAGCAAGUAAAGCAUUUAGUUUAAUUGCGUACUUGCUUAUGAUUUUCCAUUUCUUCUUUUAUUUUACACUUCAGGUUCUAGCACUUUAAUAGAAAGUUUGAUAGAAAGAAAUGAAAUGCAGUUUUAGGUUUUGUACAACAAAUUUCAUCACAUUACUUCUUUACAGUUAGCCUAAGUGCCUCACAAAGUAGCUUCAUUAUCUUCAAAAGGCACUUGUAGGAAAAAAGUUAUUCAUUAUAAAAAUUAAUAGUCUGCAUUUUAUAGCUGUUCUUUGUUACUGUAGUUUGUUUGAAAGCAAAAAUAUUACUUUAGCUUUCUAUUUCUACUAAGUAUAAUUCUUCUUUUUUAGGGCUUCAGGUAAGGCUUUCUUGUAAAAGAUUAAGAUUUUUUUUUAUUUUAUGUUCAGCUGCUUAUUUGCAUUCUUCAGGUAGAACAGGGUAAAACAGGCAUCCUUGUAGGAGUAUUCAUCUCCUAAAAAUUGUUUCUGAAUUUCAUAUAUUACAGAAAAAAACACGUGCCUUAUCUUGUGUUGCAAUGCUUACUCAAGUCUUUUUUAACAAGUAUAACCCUGUUCUAUGCAAAUAAUUCCAUUAAAAUUGUUAUUGAAUGGUUAAUUUUUUUAAAAAAAUAGCAUAAAUAGCAGUAGUCAAUACUAUUAGCUUUUACUUUAGCUAACAUUUCUACACCAUGUCACAUAUUGAUUGGCUGUUGUUUCCUUCCUUCUGUUUCAUUGGGGAAAAAGUUCACUGACAUUAAACAUCCCUGAUGAUUGCACUCUGAAAGAAGCUCUUUCUACUUUGCAAAUUCACUUUAAAUGUCUUUGUUCACCUAAUAAAAUUUAAAUUUUAUUUUAAUUCAAAUUUAGAAAGAAAUUAUCCUUGUUUUAAAAUGUAAAAAAACAAACCCUAGUAUUAGGGAUUUUUUUUAACCUGAAGAUUUUUUAGUAAUGUAAGCACCAAUGUUUGGUGUUUUGUAGUAGUUUAAAUGAGGGCAGGAAAUAUACAUGUACAGGCAAAUGAAUGCCAAUAUAUGAUAUGUAGUUAACAUAAUAAGUUCCAUUUAUAACAUUAUAAAAUACUUUAAAGAAGUUAAUUUUAAAUUGUUAUCAAUACACAUAACAUAUAUUGCAUAACUGUAUAUCACAAAUUACAAAAUAGUGUUGUUUAAUUUUUUUUUUAAAUGAAAAUUUUGCCUCAGGAGUAUGUUCAGAUUUUUGAUGAAAUAACUGUUUCUGUCAAAUUUAAUGAAAAUAAUACAAGGAGUGUUUUGUAGGGGCGUGACUGUAGGUGACUUGGUUUCAAGUGAUUCAAAUGAGCUACAUUUUAAAAAAAAUGCUUCCCAAAUUUAUGUAAUACUGAUCUUCUAGCAAAGAUUAAGUAAUUUAUAAAAUUUUGAAUUUAACAACUAGCACAAUUUUUAAAGAGCUUUAAAAAGUACUUUUUGAUUGCAUACUACAAUCAAAUAAUAUUAAUAACAUAAUUUUAGAAUCAUAUUGUCUCAUAAGACACUAGAGGCCCAUCACUAAAUUUAUUAGUUCAGUAGGAACUUAAUUAUUUCUGAUAAUUUCAUAAGGUCUUGUUUCUACAUGAUUUCUAUUUUAAAAAAAGAACAGUAUAUGAUUACUAUUACCAUUACAAGGGUAACGUUACAAGCAGAAAACCUACUUUAAAAAGUCAAGGUUCAAACGGGUAGCGUACUUUUGAUAUAAAAAGAAAAAUGUGGGGAGAGCCACACAAAAAACUUCUAUGUAUCAUUUCACUGCUAUGCCAAAUAUUAUCCAAUCACGUAAGUGCCAAGGUUGCAAUACAAACUGUGUGCUGCCUUAUUGUAAGUUAGUUUAUAUUAUGCAUAAUAUCAGUUGUUUUUCUCCAUUAGUUUGUGCCUAUAUACAACAAACCUGUGUAUUGGUGUUGCACUUUUGAUCUUCAUCAUACUCUUAAAAGCAAUUAAAUUCUGACUUCAUCCCUGAAAACUUACCUGUCUUCCCUCAUUCCAAAGAAAUUAUUGUCCAGUUUUAAUCAGUAUUAGUGCUUCCUUUUGUAGAUUAUGUCUUGACUUUUCCCCUUUAUUCCCCAUUCCUCUUUUGUCUUAUGUUUUAUGUUAUACAAUUAAUUUCUUCUCUGUAAGGUUAUAAUUUUGUAAUGCUUUUAAUGAGCUUCAGUAAAACUUGUAAAGCUUAAUAUAUGGUAAUAAAAUAUCUCCUGAAUACA